CUGUCACCCCUUUGUCAUAUAGUUUCUCAGUACCAGCUACUGAGUAAAGUCGAGGCUCCUGAAAAUGGGCAGUUCCAUCUAUGUAUUGGUUGUUGUCACCUUAUUCUAUGUUUUAGUGGCGAGUGGUUGGGAAGUGAAGUUCUUGUAACUUGUAAUAUAUGGAGUGAUAAUGCUACUGUGAUAGGGACACAGGAACUUUAUGUAUGUAUGUUUUAAAAAUCUGUCUUCGUGAAUUUGAUAUCCUGCUCCUCACCAUAGAGGUUUUCAGAGCAUCUGACAGGGCAUUAUGAAGGGCUUAUAUUGGCAGCAGAGUUCAUCUGCAGAAGAAACAUGCUUUGUCUUCCUUGAAAAGGAUAACCUUCCUGUCAUGAGAGAAGACUAUGUGAAAGUGCAAGUUAAAGCCUGUGCUCUGAGCCAGAUUGAUGCAAAGCUUCUGUCAGAAAUCAAGAUGGAGAAGGAAUUUCUGCCUGUUGGAAGGGAAAUUGCUGGUGUUGUGUUGGAAACUGGAAAUAAAGUGUCCUCCUUUCAGCCACAUGAUGAAGUAGUGGGAAUUUUGCCACUGGAUUCAGAAGAGUCUGGUCUGUGUGAACAUAUUCUAGUUCAUGAACAUUAUUUAGUUCAUAAACCAGAAAAAGUCCCCUGGCUUGAAUCGGCAGGGAUCAUUCGGGAUGGUGUUCGUGCAUACACAGCUCUGCAUUAUCUUUCCUACGUCUCUCCUGGAAAAACUGUUCUUGUAAUGGAUGGAGCAAGUCCAUUUGGUACAAUAGCUAUUCAGUUAGCACACCACAGAGGAGCCAAAGUAAUUUCUACUGUGUAUAGCCAAGAAGACAAGCAGUAUCUUGAGAGAUUUACACCAUCUGUGGGUGAGUUACAGUGGAACAGAAACUGUAUGCUGGCUUCUCCCCACACCACCCCCAAAAUAUUAAAAAUUGUCUUCGCAUUUCAUCUAGCUCAUAUUAUAGAUGAAUCAGAUGGAAAGUAUGACCUGACAGAAAGCUGCCUGGAGGAAACAGGCGGAUUGGGAGUGGAUAUCAUCCUUGAUGCAGGAGUGAAAUUAUACAACAGAGAAAAUGAAACAACUUCAGAACAACUGCUGCCACACAAACAUGACAUUAUUACAUUACUCAGUGUUGGAGGCCACUGGGUUACCAUGGAAAAAAAUCUUCAGCUGGAUCCUCCAGAUAGCCACUGUCUUUUCCUCAAAGGUGCUACAGUCUCUUUUCUAAAUGAUGAAGUAUGGAAUUUAUCAAAUAUGCAACAAGGGAAAUACCUAUGCAUUUUAGAAGAUGUAAUGGAAAAGUUAUCAAGUGGUGUCUUCAGGCCUCAUUUGGAUGAGCCAGUCCCAUUGUAUGAAGCUAAAGUUUCUAUGGAAAUGGUUCAGAAAAAUCAAGCAAGAAAAAGACAAGUUGUCCAGCUCUGAAGUUUCUAAGGCAUCAUGAAAGAAAAAUAGUGAACUGUUCUAAAUUGCAUAUUUGUGAAGUAUUCUUCAAUAACUUCCAGAUAAUUUGUAGUUACUGAUUGAUGAUUAUUUAAAAUAUUGGGAGAGAAACUGAAGUUUCUGAUCCAUUAGAUUUACUACUGUGUCUAAAAUGUUAGUUACCAACUUUCUCAUAUUUGCCCUCCUUUCUUCCCCUUCAGAAGUAAUUCCUGUGAAUAGAAGACACAGCAUUUGUAUUUGUUUACUGUAUGACUUUUUGUAUUCACCGUUUGGGACUUACAUGCUAUAUCAGAUGAAGGAGGGGGAAAGUCUUACUAAAAGGGGGGAAGAGUGUCACUGGAAAACUAUUAACAUGGGAUUCUCAAAAUGCCUUCUUAACCUUAUUUUAUUGUUGUUUUUACUCUAAUGUCAGUUGUGCUUCUUGCUAGCAGUAGCAAUAUAAAAUAAAGAUAUAGUAUGAGCAAAAUGCCAUUAACUUAAAUUCCCAUUUUAACUGUACUUUAUAAGUGCAUUCCUUGACUUGUAAAAUGUUGUUUCAUUGUCAGUUAAAUUUCAAGUCAAUUCACCUGGAAAAAAGGUACAAUAAAAUCGUACUGUCUAAAUACA